CGGCGAACCCCCAACUGCCCCCAAUCUCGAUGGAUCCUUGAUGACGCCAUGAUCUACGUCGCCGUGUCGCACAGCCGCGGAACGUAUAGGCGCGGAUCCAGCCAGCCAGGCCCCCUUUUUUAAUCAUGAGUAUCAUCGGCCGCGGGUCCUUCCUCCGGACGUGAACGCAUCAACGACCGCCGUCUAAUCCGGAGGAUAGCAAGAAUGUCUGUGCCACCACCGCCACCGCCUCCGCAGGCUGGCGCUUCUGCUGGCCCGCUAAUGGGCGAUAACAGAGGUUUAUUACUACAGUCUAUAAGGGCAGGCAAAACUCUGAAGAAGACUGUUACCGUGGAUAAGAGCGCACCUGCAAUCUCUGGGAGAAUAAAAGGCGAAUCAUCGAGCUCCUCGUUAAGCAAUAACAAUAGUAGAACUAAUAGUUCUAAUGUAAUCAGCAGCAGCAGUUCUAAUUCUAAUGGUGGGCCCAUGUCACUUGGCGGUUUAUUCGCGGGUGGUAUGCCAAAAUUAAAACCUACAGGACUGAGAGGACACAUGACCGAGAAAGAGAGACAAAAUGUAAAUAAUUCUAGUUUUCUUCACUCGUCAUCCGGGUCGUCCCACAAUGUAAAACGUGGCCCACCACCAGUUCCGCCACCAGCCGCGCAGAAACCACAGUUAUUCAAUCAGGGACAAAGCAGCACCGAUUCUGCGAUGAGCACUCCGGAGGUCACGCCCAGAGGAUUCGGGAAAUCAACCAUUGUGCCUAAACUGGCGUCGUCUGCCACCUUGCACAAACCGUCGCCGCCGCCUAAAAAGCUGAAUUUAACGAGUAGCGCAAGCGUGGCGAGAGCACAAAGCAUGCGAUUACCGCGAUCGCCACCGGUCCUGGUGCCAACAACACCUUCUCUGCACCAGUCACAGGAUUGUUUAAAUGAAGCCACCACGCCACAACCCACGAGACCCGCGAAUCGAAUUCUCAGGCCUCCCGUGACGAGGCCACCGUCACCGCCGAUCUCGCGAGCGAUCGUGCCUAUGACGAGACCACCGUCGCCGCCAGCACCACCAGCCUCGCGGUCGCACACAUUGCCCGUGACAGCCAUGAGAGCGGCGCCGCCGCCACCAUCGAGGAUCACGGUGACCGCGCCAUGUAUACCGCCACCACCACCACCGCUUCCUCAUCGUCCCGCACUCACGCAUCAGAGAUUGGCACCGCCGCCGCCACCGCCACCGACGCCUCCUACUAGAAGUCUGUCGGUUCGCAAUGGCAGCGCUCAAGCUUCUGUCGAUCUGGAAACACGAUUUGCUGAUAUGUUUCAUACCGUGUCGAGUUUUCCGCCGCCGGAACCCUUCAGGGGCUUCAUCAAGGUUUAUAGUAGCAGGAAUGCAGCAAAACAACAAGCACCAGCUCCUCCACUUCAAUCGUCUUCUACUCCUAGCACACUGCAUUCGUUAAAUACUUCGUCUGGGAGUAAACAGUGGCAACACAAUGCGACUUCUUUGGCAUAUUAAAAUCUGUGCAUACUUAAAUCAUUGCUUCGUGCAUUGAUUAUUGUUUAAACACUUCUUGAUGCUGCCACAAUAAAAUAAAAUAUUAAGUGAGCGUGAAAAGGAAUGAAUCGGCAGAGUAAAAAGUUUGAGAGAAAGAGAUUCCGAAUUCGCGAACCCAGUUAUACAAUAAAACGUUUUUAGACAAUA